AUGUCAAAUGAUGCUAACCUCACUAGGGAUUCCGUUGAUUCAUAACAAGAAUAUGUGUAGAAAUAGGUCAUAUACGAUCCCAAUAAAAAUCUCUCCUGCUUUGAAAAGCUUUUAAGGAGACUCAAUAUUGAUAGACUAUCAGAGUUAGAGGAUGGACCAGGAAUACAUAGAGAUAGCUAAACUCUCAUGAAGUAAAUGGAGCAAAUGAAAGGGGUAACUAAAUGCAUAUCUCUCUCGUUAUUGGUAUUGUCUGUUGUCUACCUUUUUACUAGAAUUCAAAGUUAUUAUGAGCUUUAAGCCUACAAGGAAAAAAAUAGCAAAUCAUUAAUCGGAACUAAUGCAUUUAAAUAUGAAAAUAUUGAAUUGCUUCACUUUUUCACUAUUGCUCAUAGCUUUACUUGUGUAGUGAUAUCUUCAUUCGUAUAUAUGAUGCUUAAAAAGAAUACAUUCAUUGAUAGAAGGUAGUACUACUUCGUAUUAGGUAUGACAACUAUAGUCACCCUGCUAUACUUUUUUGCAAUUCUUUAUAUUGUCUAUCGCAGCACUUACGUCACCUCUAAUUAAUAUAAUGCAAUUAUAGUAUUUGAGAGUGUAUUAGACAUUAUUGGAAGUAUUUCCUCAAAUCCACUCUCAUUCUUAUUUGCCUUAAUGAUGAAUUUCGUAUUAUUGUUCGGAAUAUUCUGUCUUAACUUAUGCUCAAUAUAUCUAGCUGAUAUAGCAAGAGCAUUAGAAUAGAAGCGUACUGGUGGAAGAAGGCAAAAUGAGUUGGAAUUGAAUAGCUUAGUUAAGAUGUAAUGGAAUAAUAAACAGAUUCAAAAAGAGGAAUCUGCUUGA